UCUUGCCCAGCCCGGCUCCAGCUGACCGGGGAAGGGGUGGGCUGAGCUGAGGCGGGGGCAGGGGAGUGCCCGACACUGUGCCUGACCCCGCGGGUGACACGAGCCGGUUCUUUCCGGGCUAGGUGGCAGCGCGCGGCCCUCAGCCCCGCCCCAGGCCGGCAGGCGGAGAAGGAGCCGGUGGGGGUAGGGGGUGCGGUGGGGGGUGGGGGUCCUCCGGCGCUUGGGGGUCCCAGUCCCCGCCGGCUGCCGAGCGGGAAGGGUGGCGGAGGAGCCGCAGAGAUGUCCGGCCAGAGCUUGACGGACCGAAUCACCGCCGCCCAGCACAGUGUCACCGGCUCCGCCGUAUCCAAGACAGUAUGCAAGGCCACGACCCACGAGAUCAUGGGGCCCAAGAAAAAGCACCUGGACUACUUAAUUCAGUGCACAAAUGAGAUGAAUGUGAACAUCCCACAGUUGGCAGACAGUUUAUUUGAAAGAACUACUAAUAGUAGUUGGGUCGUGGUCUUCAAAUCUCUCAUUACAACUCAUCAUUUGAUGGUGUAUGGAAAUGAGCGUUUUAUUCAGUAUUUGGCUUCAAGAAACACAUUGUUUAACUUAAGCAAUUUUUUGGAUAAAAGUGGAUUGCAAGGAUAUGACAUGUCUACAUUUAUUAGGCGGUAUAGUAGAUAUCUUAAUGAAAAAGCAGUUUCAUACAGACAAGUUGCAUUUGAUUUCACAAAAGUGAAAAGAGGGGCUGAUGGUGUGAUGAGAACAAUGAACACAGAAAAACUGCUUAAAACUGUACCAAUUAUUCAAAAUCAGAUGGAUGCCCUUCUUGAUUUUAAUGUUAAUAGCAAUGAACUUACAAAUGGGGUAAUAAAUGCUGCCUUCAUGCUCCUGUUCAAAGAUGCCAUUAGACUGUUUGCAGCAUACAAUGAAGGAAUUAUUAACCUGUUGGAAAAAUAUUUUGAUAUGAAAAAGAACCAAUGCAAAGAAGGUCUGGACAUCUAUAAGAAGUUCCUGACUAGGAUGACAAGAAUCUCAGAGUUUCUCAAAGUUGCAGAGCAAGUUGGAAUUGACAGAGGUGAUAUACCAGACCUUUCACAGGCCCCCAGCAGUCUACUUGAUGCUUUGGAACAACAUUUAGCUUCCUUGGAAGGAAAGAAAAUCAAAGAUUCUACAGCUGCAAGCAGGGCAACAACACUUUCCAACGCAGUCUCUUCCCUGGCAAGCACUGGCCUGUCUCUAACCAAAGUGGAUGAAAGGGAAAAGCAGGCAGCAUUAGAGGAAGAACAGGCUCGUUUAAAAGCUUUAAAGGAACAGCGCCUAAAAGAACUUGCAAAGAAACCUCAUACCUCUUUAACAACUGCAGCCUCUCCUGUGUCCACCUCUGCAGGGGGUAUAAUGACUGCACCAGCCAUUGACAUAUUUUCUACCCCUAGUUCUUCUAACAGCACAUCAAAGCUACCAAAUGAUCUGCUUGAUUUACAACAGCCAACUUUUCACCCAUCUGUACUUCCUAUGCCAUCUACUUCUCAGGUAGCAAGUACAUGGGGAGAUCCUUUCUCUGCUACUGUAGAUGCUGUUGAUGAUGCCAUUCCAAGCUUAAAUCCUUUCCUCACAAAAAGUAGUGGUGAUGUUCACCUUCCCAUUUCUUCAGAUGUAUCCACUUUUACUACUAGGACACCUACUCAUGAAAUGUUUGUUGAUUCUUUUUGUGGCACUCAGGCUUAUCCUGAUUCUACCCUUAUGUGCCACGAGUCUUCUGCUGUAGCUGGUUUAUUUGGAGGAUUCACUCCAUCUCCAGUUGCACAGCCACAUCCUUCAGCUGGCCUUAAUGUUGACUUUGAAUCUGUGUUUGGAAAUAAAUCUACCAACGUUAUUGUAGAUUCUGGGGGCUUUGAUGAACUAGGUGGACUUCUCAAACCAACAGUGGCUUCUCAGAACCAGAGUCUUCCUGUUGCCAAACUUCCACCUAACAAGUUAGUAUCUGAUGAUUUGGAUUCAUCCUUAGCAAACCUUGUGGGCAAUCUUGGCAUUGGAAAUGGAACCACUAAGAAUGAUGUAAACUGGAGUCAGCCAGGUGAAAAGAAGCUAACUGGAGGAUCUAAUUGGCAACCAAAGGUUGCACCAACAACUGCUUGGAAUGCUGCAACAAUGAAUGGCAUGCAUUUUCCACAAUACGCACCCCCUGUAAUGGCCUAUCCUGCUACUACACCAACAGGCAUGAUAGGAUAUGGAAUCCCUCCUCAAAUGGGAAGUGUACCUGUAAUGACACAACCAACCUUAAUAUAUAGCCAGCCUGUCAUGAGACCACCAAACCCCUUUGGUCCUGUAUCAGGAGCACAGCUGUCGGCAGCAUCCAGCCCCUCCAGUCACAGUCCUCACAGAGCUUCAGGAAAGGACCCUUUUGCAGAGCUCUCUUUGGAGGAUUUCUUAUAAAUCACUUUAGAUACAGUUUAUGUAACUAGAUGGAAGAGAAUGGAAUUAUUCCAAAAAGACAAGUGCUCAAGCAGCAAAUACUUACUUCGAGCAAAAUCCAAACUGCUGUCUCUUAAACUCUCUUCUUCCAUUAGAAUGCUACAGUAACCCAGUGAAGGCCCAUGAAGGAAAUUGGGACUAGUAUAUAGGAGAACGUAUCAAUACAGUUUAUAAAGCCAAGAAUUGCCAUGAUUUCAGACUAAGAUCUUUUUGGUGACUAACCCUUCAGUUCUUUCAACUCUUAUUAAUACCCAUAAUCAGUAACCUACCAAGAAAAAAGCCCUUAUUUGGAAAGUGUGAAAUUUGUAUUUGGAAAAGCUGCCUGGAGAGAAGAGCUGUGUCCUUUCCUGUAAUGCAACAGGACUCUUUUGGGGGGAUCAAAAUCAUAAUUCUUAAUUAUGCAGUAUCUUUCUUUUCUCCAGUCCUCACAGACACAGAAACAGUAACUAAAAUUAACUUUUCUUUUAAAAAAUUAUAUAUUCAGUUUGCAGUAGACAUUCCUUAAGUAUUUGUAUUUAUUUAUGAUUAUCAAUUUACGUAACAUUAAUAUUGUAUCAGACCUCCUUAUGAAAAUGAGUAUGGAUGUAAACAGUAUGUUUGAUUUUUAUCCAUAAGAAUGAAUCUGAUUCCGAAUGCUUUUCAGCUGACAUACAGAGCACUAAAUAUUUUAAGGCAAGUCCAUAGGUCUGAAUCGCUUCAGAAUUCUCAGUCUCUAUGGGAUUUAGGGAAGCAUUAUAAAUGCAUUAAUCCUUAUAGUCAAUUCUGUGCCUAGGAUUUUGCAAGGGAACAGUUCACUGACUAGGAAAAGCACUACAUUUUAAAUUCAGCAUUAGUGCAUUGGGAAGGAACUUUACUGCUUUGUGCUUGGCAUGUCAUUAUUUUCCAUUUGACAUUAGGGCCUUUCCAAAAUGAAUGUGAGGAAUUGCUUUCACUUCAAGACUUUCCUUCUUUUCAGUAAAACUCUAGGAGGUGUUAUGGGGGGAGGGAAGGGGACACAAUCCUUGAAACCUUUUAUUUGGCUCAUGCCAUGUUAUGAUCAUGUACCUUUUAAAUAAGGGGAAAUAGUAUCUUUAAAGUUAAUGUCUAGCCAAGAGUUUAGUUAACGAAGAAUUAAACUGCACUGUUGAUCGGUGCUUUGUGUAAAUACAUCUUAACGUUUCGGUUGAGAGGGGCCUUAAGAAGGACAGUUCGUUGUAGGAAAGCAAUUCUGUACAUGAGUUUAAGCAUACUUGUUGCAUUGUCUCUGCAGAUUCUAUUUUUGUUUACAAUAUUAAAAUGUAUGUUAGCAAAAAUGGGUGGAUUUUCAAAUAAAAUGCAGCUUCCACAAAAUUUUUGUUAUGGUA